AUGGCCACACUGUCUGAACUGCACACUGGUUAUAUUGCACUCACUGACUCGGCAUCUGGGGACGAAGUCAAAGAGUCGCUUUACGAUAGUGACCAGAGCGGGGUGGAUUUCCGCAGCUUUGAUGGUAUGGCAAAGUCCACGCCUAGACCGCGCAAGGCACCGCGGCAGCUUCAAUCUGACCCGGUUCAUGACCAGCUCCGGGCAAAGAUUGCAAUAAUCGAGGCUAAGCUCAAUUCCGACAAGCAUGAUGUCGACGCAUGGAUCAGUUACAUUGGGCUGCAAGAGCAGAUCGCUAUGUCAGCAUUCACGAAGCGAAUGCGCGGCAAUAUGGCUAUAGCCAGGAUGCAGAUCGAGAUGUUCCAGCGAGCGAUUGGCCUGAAUCCAAAAUCUAAAAGGCUUUGGAUGGAGUACCUGAGGCGGUGUCAGGAUGUGCUAGAGACGACGGAGCUGCUGGCAGAAUGGAUUAAGGCGCUGUCUGAGACUGAGGAUCCUGACAUGAUCUUCAGCUACGUGGACUUCUGUCAAGGUUUGAGUGACAGAUUCACCGUGAGCUGGAUGAUAGACAGGUUUGACUAUGCGAUUCAGCUACUGACCCGAGUUUUGUGCAGCAGCCGACGGGACGCAGCAGUGGUGCGGAGGACAUCGAUCCUGAUUACCCAUAUCAUACAUCGCUCAUGUUUACUGCUGCGUGAAUCUGGGUACUGCGAGCGUGCGACAUCCCUGUACCAGGCAGUGAUCGAAUGGUUUAUGUUCUGUCCAGAACAUUUGAAAAUGGCGUCGCUGGGGCACAGAAAACACGCAUUUGAGAGAUUCUGGGAUAGUGGAAUGCCUCGAAUUGGUUCUCCUGGCGCAAAUGGGUGGAGUUCGUUUGGCAAAGGGGCCUACAGCAGCAGUGAGAUGGCGCUUGCCAAAGCCAGCACCAUUGGGACUGCACUGGAGUCUGAAUGGCUAGGCAAAGAGAUUGAGUAUUCGCAAGAGUGCAACGAACCGCCCACAAUACCAACCCUCGACAUUCCCACCGAGCCCACCAGUAUGUUUGAUCCCUUUGCGGUAACUCUAUUCGAGGAUAUCGAGCCAUUUCUCGCUGAUAUUCCAUGGGACAAGGAUGUGUUUGCUGUAUUGCUGGAUAACCUUCUUCGGUUCCUUGGUCUAAUCAGCCCCGACACCUGCGUGUUUUCAGAUCGACAAGCUGGACAGCUUCAAGGGGUGUCCAGGGACUUUGAGUGGUCAAUGACAUCCAGCGAUGAGGGGAUUCUGCCAUCAGUUAAGCGAACUGCUGCUUGGCAGCCAAUGGGCAGCUCAAACGACUCGACUGACGGCGGAGGUGGCGGCGGUAGAAGCGGAGGUGGCGAGUGGAUUGACGGAAUGCUUGUAGCCAGGCAAUCAAAGACGGCAUUCGAAAAUAUACAUGACACGGGCCGGCCACAUUUCGCGUAUAUCUCAGUGCCCAUUACACUCGAUUUGGUGGAGACACCUCUGCCGUAUCGCUUCUCUUGCCCGUGGCUCAAGCCGGCUUCAGAGUGGUGGCGGGGUAUGACGCAACGGACGUUGGAAAAGCUAAGUAUAGCCGCCAGCCUCGACACACGGCAGCGGCUGAUGCCGGUGUGCCUGCCGCUGCUAAACUCAUUGGCCAAGACCUAUGCGCAUAGAGGCUGCUGGGAGCAGGCGCGGACAAUUUGGUCUCAAGCACUCGGCAGCAUCAGCGACAAAUCAGCAGCAGAGGACUGGGCAUGGGCAGCGGUUGUUCAGAAAUCAUGGGCAGUUAGCGAACUUUUGCACGGCCAGGGCAUCGGCAAAUUCCAGCAGAUUUCCCAGAUUCGGCUGAUGCUGCGCAUGCACAUGCCGCAGCAGGUGGUCCACGGGAAGAAGAACAACUGGGGCUGGUUCUGA